AUGACGUCUUCUGCUACUGUGUCUACCAACGUGCAAAACAUACCUAUGUUGAAUGGGUCUAAUUUCAAGGAUUGGAAGGAAACCCUUCUGAUCACUUUGGGCUGCAUGGAUCUUGACCUCGCGUUAAGGACUGAGAAACCCGCCCCUCUUACGGAUGUAAGUACCGCUGAUCUUAAGCGGGACUUUGAGAGGUGGGAACGCUCGAAUCGCGUGAGUCUUAUGAUCAUCAAGCGCAGCAUCCCAAAGGCCUUUCGGGGCACGGCUUCUGAGGAUAUUGCUAAUGCUAGUGAAUACCUUGCCAAAAUUGAGGAGCGUUUUGCUAAAAACGAAAAGUCCGAGACAAGUACGCUUCUGGCAAACUUGAUCUCAAUGAAGUAUAAGGGCAAGGGCAACAUAAGGGAGUACAUCAUGUAG